UGCGAGGAGGUCGGAGGUGUUGGUAUGGCUUCUAGCGGGGUCUCGGUUGGCGCUACCAGCGCGGCAAACGAAACCCCCGAAAUUCCGGACAACGUGGGAGAUUGGCUCCGGGGCGUCUACCGUUUUGCCACCGAUAGGAAUGACUUCCGGAGGAACUUGAUCCUCAAUUUGGGACUCUUCGCUGCAGGCGUUUGGCUGGCCAGGAACUUGAGUGACAUUGAUCUAAUGGCACCUCAGCCAGGGGUGUAGCCAAUAGACAAAUGAAAUUCCUACACUGUACCCAAACCUUCCAAAACCAGAACCUACAGUCUGUGACCAGAACAAGAUAUGCUUUGAAGGCAGCUGAAGUUGAUUCACAGGGGCUCUUUCUCUUCCCUUCUUGAACUGCAUUCUCUGCUUAGCAGCCGGCCUCAGCUAGACUGUUGCCUCUGAUCUGUAAAGUUCUGUACAUAGCCUGUUUCUGGAGGGGGCAGUCAUUGCUGUGUCCUAAGGAGCACUCAUGGCGCUUUAACAAGUAUUUGAAAUAAAGACUGUACACAAAGACA